AUGCUGGGGCGCCUCGCGGAUGUCAAGUUGGGCGACACGGGGGCAAGACAGUUCAUGGGGCAGCCGCUUCACUCGAGCGCAGGCGCUUACAGAGGCAGCGUCGCGGCUGCAAACACGGAGUCGCUAAUUUGCAGCAUACGAGCCCGGGCUCUCAGCGCAACCGACUUGGCCGGCGCGGGCCGCCUUCCGCCGCCGCAGCCGCCCUGCCGGCAGUCGGAGCACCUGAGGUGGGCGAAGCAGGUCCGCGAGCAGCAAGGCGCUUCCUCCGGGGGGCCGCAGCCUCCCCCGCGCGUGCCAGCGCCGCGCGCCCUGCCGGCCGGGGGGCAGAUCCUCCUCCGCUGA